CGGCGGCACAACUUUUUGGACACUCCCCUUGCGAACCCACAGCCUCUCCCCCGUCAUAUUCAUCUGUACUGGGCCGGACCGCAGUCUCGCCUCGCUGGCUGCGACCGGACUCGCUGCGCGUGCUCAGCAUCCGGCCAUGCACUGAUCUUCACAUCCGUCUGCACAAUCACACCGCGUCCUGCCUAUACAUAGAAUUCCUGCCAACCUCAACCCAUUGGCACACGUCCCGCCAGCUCGCCGCUAGGAAUAUCAGGCAAAAUGGGUCUCCAACCAGACCCUCAUCCCCCGGUGCCCGCCCUCCCCGCUGACCCUCCUCCACCGCUGCCUCCACGAGGCCUGCGAUCCCGUCGCCGCAGCUCGCUGCCGUCGGUGCCGACGACGCUGCCCACCGACAGUCACUCCAAGAAGCGUUCGCCCAACUACGUGCGCGCUCAGUCGACCUCUCCCGAAGUCAUCUCCUCCCUUAUCGAAUCUUUGUCCGCCAUAUCGCAAUCGACCCAUAGCCACUUUGAGAACCUGCCGUUCGCGAGCGCGUCAACCCCCGCAAGCCCAAACCUCCAGACACACUUCGGCGACUCGCUGACGGUUCCCAAUGGCCAUGGCAUGGACCAGUUGGCCCACUACCAGUCGCUGGUACCCAACCCCUACCCAUUCCUAGACGAUGCGUGCGAACCUCCUGUCAUCCGUACCUCGAAGCCCCCUUCCGGCCUAUCUCCAAUCACCGCGCCGAAGAAGAAGGACAAGGAGCACUCUCUGAAGAGCUAUAUGAGCAAAGGGGGUGGGAGCUCGGCGUCCGUACACUCGGCACACUCGGUGAGGUCGGUCAGCAGCUUUGGCGCAAUCAGCAUCGAGCCAGGAAUACCGCGCAAGAUUUCCAACGGCAGCAACCGGACAUCUAGUGACAGUAAAAGAAGCACAAGGGCACACAAGAGCUUGAUGUAUAUGAGCUCGCGGGAGCACUUGAGGGUCAAGGAGGAAAGGAAGCGCGCCACCAUUCAAGGACCCGAGGUGUUGAAGUCGCAGGAUCCUCCGCGAAAACCAACUCCACAUCUUGUCGUUUCCGAGGAUACCAUCAAGGAGGAACCUAUAGUGGCGGAGUCAUCCCGGGCGCCGCAGUCGCGCACGAGCAGCGCGAGUAGUCCGCUCCGGACUACAUUUACACAGCUCAAAGCAGGUGAUGUCGAUGACCCUGCAGACAAAGGGCUCAUACCGGAAAGAGGAUCUUCAUUGAAGCACACAAGUCCGUCGAGGAAAAGCCGCAAGAAUCAUGGGCGAAAAAACAGUCGCCAUGACUCGUACAGAACGAGUACGGUGAUAGAAGUGGAUGAAACUGUAGAGCAGGAUGUAGUACCAAAGGAGAAGAUAUUGAAGGACUUGGAGGCCGAAGAAGGCGAGGUUGCUCGCAGGAUCCGAGAAUUGAGGAAGCAAAAGUUACUGAGAGACAAAAUCGCGGGGAAGCUCCCAGUGGAUGUGGAUGCAGGGGCUUCUCCGAGCGGAUGGGGCGUUUCACCAAUUACGAGCGCGGAGCCAUCCCCAACCUCGACUGUGUCAAGCACGUCGGAAAGGCGACCACAAGCCCAGGACCCCGCGAAAGCCCAUAGAGUCCUCGGUAUCACGCUGGCGCCUUCCCCUCUGCCUGCACCAAACGGACGGCCAUCCCAGGGACCAGAAACGCGGCAGGUAUCCCUGAAUGUUGAAGCUGUCCAGAAGCCCCAGCCUCAGCCCAAGGCUGUGCAUGCGCGCUCCAGGAGCUUGACGGUGAAUGAUGGGGACGAACUUACCCCGCUCCCCAUUGACUACAGACUCGCACUGGAGACCCUCGAGCGCUCUGCACAGUCGUCGUCGCCCACUCCUCCUCCUGGCCCCAGCAAAGGCGCCAUUCCCAGUAGCACUUCCCCGGUGCGCCCCCGCUCCGUCGCCGCCGCUGCUGCGCUCGGCGAGAGGUCUGCAGAGGGCCGUCGGACUACACGUUCAAUGGUAUUGUCCAAGCCGACGGCACACAAGCGCUCACCCAGUGUCACCAGUGGCGCUCAUGACGAGAAUUCAACUCGAGCUGUCAGCGAGGAUCUUGCGAGUCGACAUUUGUCCUUGAAGAUGACUUCGUCGUCUACUGCCUCUGGGGCACCCCAGCGCAAGCCAACUUUGAAGAAGAAUCGGUGGUCGCAUCCGGAUUUACCUGCAAAGGCGCAAAGAGCACAUAACGAUCGAGUUGAAAAAAAGAUGAAUUCGAACAAUGCGGUGCAACCUCCCAAUCACCCAGUCAUGGAGGAACGUCCGGCAAGCAUAGACUCGGUUGACAUGGACGUGGAGAGGUAUCUCAACUCACCACGGCUCUCACAAAGGAUUCGCCACCCGCAAACAGGAAGGAUAAUAUCCUUCUCUGAGGUGGGUGACCCUCAUGGGUUUGCCGUGUUUGUAUGUGUGGGUAUGGGGUUGACAAGAUAUGUCAUGGCCUUCUAUGACCAGCUGGCAAUGACGUUGAAGCUGAGACUGAUUACACCGGAUCGGCCAGGAGUUGGCGGCAGUCAACCGGACCCCAAUGGCACGCCUCUGAGUUGGCCAGACGACGUCCUUAUCAUUUGCCAGGCCUUGAAGAUUACCAAGUUCUCACUUCUGGCUCAUUCAGCUGGCGCAAUAUAUGCGCUUGCGACUUCGCUGCGCAUGCCACAGCACAUCCGGGGUCGCGUUCACCUACUAGCACCCUGGAUCCCACCCUCGCAGAUGGCGCCAAUAGGAGUAAGCCAAGAUCAACCUCCUCAGCAACAGCUUCCCAGGUCACAGCGCUUCCUUCGGACUCUACCACCUUCCCUGUUGAAGAUUGCAAACUCGACGUUCCUCAGUGCGACGAGUGCAAGUCUACAGCGGACCGGUCCUAAGAACUCGCCAAAGACGAGACGGAAGACCAUGAACACGCAGAUGCUGGCCCAAUCUCGACCGCCCAUCAAAGAAACGCGACGAGAGUCCAUCAUGCUGAUGGACCAAAUAUUACCCAACGCAAGUUCGCUCUCCUUGGCGGCGAAGAAUCCCAACGAUUCCGACCACGAGGAAGCACGACGAAUGAAGGAUGCGCUGAGCGAGGCAGAGCGCGAGCGACAGCAAGAGUUUGACGAACGGCUAACAUUCGCCAUCUGGGAUCGAGCGACCACGAACGCGAACCCAGCUACUGAUCUCAUUGUGUGUCUGGAGACCAAGCAAACUAUUGGAUUCCGGUACGAGGAUAUCAGCCGGGCAGUAGUCAUCCAUCACGGCAGCAAGGACAGCAGAGUACCUGUCGACAAUGUGCGCUGGCUGGGUCGGCUGAUGCGCAGAUGCGAGGUGCGCAUUCUUGACGGCGAACAGCACGGCCUGAUGGCGAGCGCGCAGGUCAUGGGCAAUGUUCUCACCGAGAUGGCGAGCGAUUGGGAGGACUGGAACGCGGCCAUCUCCAAGACGACGAACAGGGACCGCAGUGCCUCGCGGCGACGGACGGCCGACAAGCUACGUACAUGAGCAUCGUUUCUGAGAUGAAGCCGUCUUGACGGGUUCUGGUAAGGAGCUGGCAUGUCUCAUGUUCUUGAUGGGAGUUGGAUGCUUUUUCUUUUUUUGGACAUGACGGGAUGUUCAUUUUUCGCGGUUUCAUGUCUGACCUUGUAAUACCCCUAUGAAGUAUUGUAUACCCUCGCCUCCUAACCACUUUAUUACCCUUCCAUCACCCUAUUUUCUCUUCCUUCGCCUUUCUUCAGCGAAAUGGAUAUACCCUGGGGUCUUGGGUACAUGGCAUGGAUGGACGGAUGUAGGACAUGUUGAAUCUUGAGAUGAACAAACGCUAGGCUAUUAAUCCAAUGUAUUAUCACC